CUCACAAACUCUGCCUAAUCUGACCGGGUAGGACGAGGGAGGAUGGGGGAGGGCAUCGGGCAUUCGCCACCACCUCUCCCUUUUUUCUGGCAGCACCCAACACAGCCGCAGAGUGAAAGCACGUAGGACGUGGGCAAAAAAACAACUUAUUCCCCUGCGAGGCUGGACUGAGAGCAGGCGGACCUGGUGCUCAUGCUGAGGCUCUCGGCUGCAGGAAGCCCAGCCGGACUAGAUUUACUGCUAAUCCAGAAUAUCGAGCAUGUAGGGACAACCUGCUGGACUACUUUUUCUUGUCAUCGUCAGGCCUGUUAGAAGUUGUGUUCUGGCCUCUUGGAGGAUGUGAGGAUGCCAUCUUUAAAUGUAAGCUGAAAAAAAAAACCUGUUUGUGCUGGAAGUUCAUGGCCAAAUGUAGAGUCGUCGUGACCGAUGAAAAGCAGUUUAGAGGCACAAUGUCGGCCUCUCAGGGGAUGAACCACAGCAGCGCCUACAACUACUUCCUCAACAUGUUGGCCUAUCAGAUAUGCUGUUGCUGUGGACCGGCUCCCUGCUCGCUCUGCUGUGCCUUCUGUCCGCCGGUCAAAUCCUCCACCAGCACGCGGAUCAUGUACACCCUCUUCCACAUCAUGAGCUGCGCCGUCUCCUGCCUCAUGCUGUCCCGCACCGUCUCCGAGCUCGUCAGGGAAAAUGUGCCUUUCUUUAACAUGGUGUGUGACCAGGCGCAUGGCGGGGGCCACUGUGAGAUGCUGGUGGGCUACUCAGCGGUAUACAGAGUCUGCUUUGGCACUUCCUGUUUCUACCUGAUGAUGGCGAUCUUCCUCAUUGACGUGAAGUCCAGUCAGGACUUCAGAGCGCUCAUACACAACGGCUUCUGGUUCCUGAAGUUCAUCACUCUGCUGGCGAUGUGCACCGCUGCCUUCUUCAUCCCAACAGAGUCCUUCCUGCAUGCUUGGCAUUACGUUGGUGUGGUGGGAGGAUUUGCCUUCAUCCUCAUCCAACUCACCCUCAUCACAGCUUUUGCGCAUACCUGGAACAAGAACUGGUUGACCGGAGCAGCAGAGAACAAGCGUUGGUAUCUGGCGGUGAUGUGCGCCACCCUCUUCUUCUACACCAUCGCCACCAUGGCCUUCACCUUCAUGUACAAGUACUACACACACCCCAUCGCCUGCCACUUCAACAAGACCCUGCUGUGGAUCAACCUGGGACUCUGUGCCCUCGUGUCCUUCAUUGCCGUCACACCGUGCGUGAAGCAGAAGCAGCCUCGGUCGGGGCUCCUCCAAGCCUCCAUCAUCAGCUGUUACGUCAUGUACCUCACUUUCUCUGCGCUGUCCAGCCGCCCACCAGAGAAAGUGGUGUAUCAGGGCAUGAACAUGACCGUCUGUUACCCCACUGUGGGACAAGAUGGCAUCCAGAACGAAGGCAAUGCUGUGGCCAUAAUUGGAGCUGCCAUCAUGUACUGCUGCGUCCUCUUUGCAUGUAAUGAAGCUUCCUAUCUGGCAGAGGUGUUCGGUCCGUUUUGGAUGAUCAAAGUUUACCGCUACGAGUUCCAGAAAGCCACCUGCUGCUUCUGCUGCCCCAAGGAAGAGGAAGCUGACGAGGAGUUUGUGAUUGACGAAGAGAACAAAGGAUGUCAGAAAGUUAUUCACAACGAGACGCAGAGAGUGGCUUACAGCUACUUCUUCUUCCACUUUGUCUUCUUCUUGGCCUCGCUGUACGUCAUGAUGACCCUCACUAACUGGUUCAGCUACGAGUCAGCAGUGUUGGAGACUACCUUCACCCACGGCAGUUGGUCUACUUUCUGGGUGAAGAUGUCGUCGUGCUGGGCCUGUGUGAUCCUCUACCUCUGGCUGCUGCUGGGCCCUCUGUGCAGCUGUCAGCCUGAAUCCAGACCUCGCCGCUCACGCAUCAAACGGCGCUCAGGAUCCUCACGUCACGUUUCUGUCAUCAUCUGACACGCUCUGUGAGGGGUAGGAAAGGGCGCGAUGUGGACAACGGGUCAGGCGGCUCCUGGAGCCAGGGGUCAGGGGGCAAAGACUCACAGUGCUGUGAGAAGGACCAAUCAGAGGGCCCAGUGCACUGUUGCUAUAAGAAGAACUGGAUAAAGCCCUGAUGUCACAGGCUGCACACCAUGAAAUUAAACCACCAGCAAAGACUUGACUGUGGUUUAGCAACACACUUACAGUAUAAAUUGCCAAAGGGAUCAGAAGAGAUGAACUCUCACUCUGCAUAAUGUGGAAAUUACAGUACGUAGGUGUAAACAUGGAUACAUUAUGAACUUUCAUUUUAGUAUUAUUUUCAACUUUUUAGACUUUUAAUAUUGUAACAGAGGAGUAUUCUAGAUAUGUGCUGUAAUAUUGCUAGAGAGGCGCACAUCCCAAUUAGGUUUUUCUUUCUUUCUAAUAGACAAAAGAAUCUGUCCUAAAAUUGAAAGCCCUGUUUGCCCUCUGAUCUGUGAUCAUGAACAAAUCUUUCUCAAAGUUGGAAAGGGAGAACUGUGGGCUGAAUUGCAUCAAAGUUCAAACAUAACCUUGGAUGCAAGAGAUGACACAUUUCAGCAGCUCGUUACAAAAAGUCAUUACAAGUAUAAUCAAAGAAAGGAACGAAAUAUUUUGGCAGAUCAUUUAUGCUAGUAGUGUCCAACCAUAUGUCAUGUGUGACAGUUUUCUAUUCAACCAAACACAACAGAUGUUGUCUCCGUGUAGUGUUUGGUUGGAAGCUGAACUUUAGGCUUUUCUUCCUUUCAAGUUUUUCAUACCUGCAUCAUCUUCUUUUUUUUUUCUUUUUUUUUAAAUAAAUCUUAAUAAUCAAAACUCACAUGGAAAUUUAAACUUCCAAUCUGGAAUUUCAGUUUUCAUUUAGUUACCUAUGACGCUACACGGCACACACAGUAAUAUCGUGGUGAUAAAACACAUUUCGACGAUCAGCCACUCACCUUCAUUCAAAUUCAGCUACCCACAAGUUACAGCACAAGCUUUAAAAAAAAUAGAUCAACAUUUUAGGCAAUCUACUGCACCUGGAGAGGAAUACAUAACUCCCCAUAAAGCCACAACAAUUUAUGUUUGUGUACAGUUAAAACAAACAAGCUAAAACAUGCUAAUUAGUGAGCUGUUGAGGUGCGGCUAGACCUCAUUCUGAGCUGUGGAUCCCAUUUCCAGCUAAAGCUAAUCAAUUCCUAGCUAUAGCCCCCCAGAUAAUGCACAGACGUGAAAGUUGUGUCGAUCUUCUCAGCUAACUCGCAUAAA